AGUGUCACGUGACGACAUUGGACAGUAGUUCAAGAUGGAGUCUGCGCCUUAUUUUGUAGCUUUCCACCUACAGUAAUAAUAUGGCAAAUUAUAUCAGUGAUUUUUAAAGUUCUGAGUUAGAGGAGUUCAUUUUUCUUUGCUUCUCGUCAGUCUGUAUGGGAUUUGAAUAUAGGUCUUUGAAGAAAAGAGAGGUUAUUUGCUAAACAUCUGUCAACUGAAACAUCUAGCUAGGUAGCAAUCGGUUAAGUGUUUGGAAUGUUCAUAAACGUUCUAUUAAUUCGGAGAUCGAUAUGACGCUGAGAGAGUUAAAGGUUUGCCUUCUUGGGGACACUGGGGUUGGAAAGUCAAGCAUUGUUUGGAGGUUUGUGGAGGACAACUUUGACCCAAACAUUAAUCCAACUAUUGGGGCAUCCUUCAUGACAAAGACGGUGCAGUAUCAAAAUGAGCUUCACAAAUUUCUCAUCUGGGACACUGCAGGGCAAGAGAGAUUCCGUGCGUUGGCGCCAAUGUACUACAGAGGCUCUGCGGCAGCCAUCAUUGUUUAUGACAUCACUAAAGAGGACUCGUUCCAGACGUUGAAGAACUGGGUGAAGGAGCUUCGUCAGCACGGCCCGCCCAACAUCGUGGUAGCCAUCGCUGGCAACAAGUGUGACCUGUCCGAUGCCAGGGAGGUCUCGGAGAAAGAUGCCAAGGACUAUGCUGACUCCAUCCACGCCAUCUUUGUGGAGACUAGCGCCAAGAACGCCAUUAACAUCAAUGAGGUCUUUAUAGAGAUAAGUCAACGGAUCCCUGUCCUAGAUGCAGGGGGAGGGGCUGCAGGGAAUGGCUUCAAACUGCGCCGGCGGCCCUCAGAGACCCGGACCCGGACCUGCUGCUGAUGCUGCCAGUGAACCCUGACCUUAGUCCCACAUUGACCCUUGACCCCUGACCCUUCUCUGCUUGCGGCCUCCAUAAUCCCCCCCUAACCACAGACCUGCGUCAUAGAGACCUGGGAGCUGCAAAUGCCACUCCUCCAUUAGGAAACCCUGAUUCCUACCGCCAUUGCAUCCUGCAUCUAAUGCUACACUGUAAAGAGAGAGCAGCUGAGCAAAUUACAGUUCACUGGUAUAUAUGACCAUAUCUCAUCGUUCUAUGCGGCUAACUUUGGCUUAGUUAUUGUGAAGCUGUAGUCUUGUGUUUUUAAUGCCUAUCUGGAGCCCAAAAGGUUAAAAUGAAGUCCACAGCCUUUAAAGGCGCUUUAUUUGUUUGCAUUUGUCAUGCAGCAGAAGUCAGGGCAUGUAUUAUUCUUGCGCUUAACCAAGCAGCACAGAGCUGUUGUGAAGGAAGUUGUCAAGGCAGUGAGUUUGUGUUUAUGCAGGACCUCGCGCCCUCACCUACCGCCAACCAAUCAUGUCACUGCGGAGUUAUACGGAGCCCUCUGUAUUGUCACACAAUUUGAGAUGCGCACGGCGAUGUGGUAUGGAGCUGAAUUGCGUCACACCAUCCAUACGGUUUAUGGAUGGUGUGCCUUUAGGUUCGCCAAGUAGGUCUAUGGCAGCUAUCCUUUAGGUUCGCCAAGUAGGUCUAUGGCAGCUAUCCUUUAGGUUCGCCAAGUAGGUUUAUGGCAGCUAUCCUUUAGGUUCGCCACGUAGGUCUAUGGCAGCUAUCCUUUAGGUUCGCCACGUAGGUCUAUGGCAGCUAUCCUUUAGGUUCGCCACGUAGGUCUAUGGCAGCUAUCCUUUAGGUUCGCCACGUAGGUCUAUGGCAGCUAUCCUUUAGGUUCGCCAAGUAGGUCUAUGGCAGCUAUCCUUUAGGUUCGCCAAGUAGGUCUAUGGCAGCUAUCCUUUAGGUUCGCCAAGUAGGUCUAUGGCAGCUAUCCUUUAGGUUCGCCAAGUAGGUCUAUGGCAGCUAUCCUUUAGGUUCGCCAAGUAGGUCUAUGGCAGCUAUCCUUUAGGUUCGCCAAGUAGGUCUAUGGCAGCUAUCCUUUAGGUUCGCCACGUAGGUCUAUGGCAGCUAUCCUUUAGGUUCGCCAAGUAGGUCUAUGGCAGCUAUCCUUUAGGUUCGCCAAGUAGGUCUAUGGCAGCUAUCCUUUAGGUUCGCCAAGUAGGUCUAUGGCAGCUAUCCUUUAGGUUCGCCACGUAGGUCUAUGGCAGCUAUCCUUUAGGUUCGCCACGUAGGUCUAUGGCAGCUAUCCUUUAGGUUCGCCAAGUAGGUCUAUGGCAGCUAUCCUUUAGGUUCGCCAAGUAGGUCUAUGGCAGCUAUCCUUUAGGUUCGCCAAGUAGGUCUAUGGCAGCUAUCCUUUAGGUUCGCCAAGUAGGUCUAUGGCAGCUAUCCUUUAGGUUCGCCAAGUAGGUCUAUGGCAGCUAUCCUUUAGGUUCGCCACGUAGGUCUAUGGCAGCUAUCCUUUAGGUUCGCCACGUAGGUCUAUGGCAGCUAUCCUUUAGGUUCGCCACGUAGGUCUAUGGCAGCUAUCCUUUAGGUUCGCCACGUAGGUCUAUGGCAGCUAUCCUUUAGGUUCGCCACGUAGGUCUAUGGCAGCUAUCCUUUAGGUUCGCCAAGUAGGUCUAUGGCAGCUAUCCUUUAGGUUCGCCAAGUAGGUCUAUGGCAGCUAUCCUUUAGGUUCGCCAAGUAGGUCUAUGGCAGUCUCACCCCCCUCCUCGCUGUGUUCACUUCAUCCUCCCGUAUUCCAGAUCUGUGGCUCGUCCAAGCCUAUGGCACCAGAUUCCUAUAUGGCUCUGGUCAAAAGUAGUCCACCUUAUACACUGAGUGUACAAAACAUUAAGAACACCUUCCUAAUAUUGAGUUGUCUGCCUCAUUUCGUUGGUGCAUGGACUCUACAAGGUGUCGAAAGCGUUUCACAGGGAUGCUGGCCCAUGUUGACUUCAAUGCUUCCCACAGUUGUGUCAAGUUGGCUGGAUGUCCUCUGGGUGGUGGACCGUUCUUGAUACACACGGGAAACUGUUGAGCGUGAAAAACCCAGCAGCGUUGCAGUUCUUGAUACAAACAGGUGCGCCUGGCACCUACUACCAUACCGUGUUCAAAGGCACUUCAAUCUUUUCUCUUGCCCAUUCACCCUCUGAAUGGCACACCACAGGAGGUUGGUGGCACCUCAAUUGGGAAGAACAGGCUCGUGGUAAUGACUGGAGCGGAAUCAGUGGAAUGGUAUCAUGUACAUUAAACACAUGGUUUCCAGGUCUUUGAUGCCAUUCCAUUUGCUCCAUUUCAGACAUUAUUAUGAGCCAUUUUCCCCUCAGCAGCCUCCACUGGGGCACACAUAGACAAUCCAUGUCUCAAGGCUUAGAAAUCCUUCUUUAACCUGUCUCCUCCCCUUCAUCUACACUGAUUAAAGUGGAUUUAACAGGUGACAUCAAUAAGGGAUCAUAGCUUUCACCUGGUCAUUCUCUGUCAUGGAAAGAGCAAGUGUUCCUAAUGAUUUGUCCACUCAGUAUAGGGAAAUGAGGUACCAUCUGAGAGGAAUCCUACAUCUGUCCUGUCCUUGAAUCUUUUCUGCAUGAAUUGUCCUCGAGUGGUCCAAAGCCACAGCAGUUGCUAUGGUUUUCCCAAGUUGUAAGAGCUCCCCUCCCUGCCUUUUUUAUAUGUCUUGUAAUACUUCAGAAAAGUUUACACAGAUUUUAUUUCCGUUCUUAUCUUGUAAACCUCUACACGGGUCAUGGCAUCAUUGGAUCUGCAGCAUGCAGUGCUUCUUCUCUUGCAACAACCACGUGAUCUAUUUUCCAACAGGAGACUAAAUGAAUGUUCUAUAUGAAUGUUCUAUUUGAAGAGUUAAAUUGUGCUAAUGUAAAAGAAGUCAUUGUUUUUUAUUUGAUUUUUCUUCCCAAAUUUAAAAAGAAACAUCCCCAACUCUAACUCUUGUGAACCAGGUAGAUGAGUCAGAGGUGCAUGAUGGGAAGUGUAGUCUGUUUCUUUUUAAUGACCCUCACACAGUGCUUUGCAGCACAGGGCCAAGGCAGGUGUUUGCCAAACCGUUUGAGAAACAGUAAUGAAAAUCCCUAAUAGGAGUAAUGUGCUCUUUUUUUGUCAUUGUUUCUCCAUUACAAUUUCAGUGCUCGUCAAUAUCGUUGUGUCUCUCAGUGACUGCUUUAGCCUUGACACUUUGGAGGGAAAAUGGGUUUGAUAAAGGGGAUGGUAACUUGGCUGGUUGAUGGUUACCACCGAAAAGGAGUCAUUUUAUUGCUGUCUUCUACAUUGAGAGGCCGUGUCUCUUAGAGGGCCAGGCUGUUUGAGUGCUGACAAGCCUGGCAGUCACCAAGUGUGCGGUUAUGAUAACUGCUCACGUUUUUUACACUUUAAUAGUUGAUCAAAUGAGCCAAUCGCUGAAAUUCUGUAAAUUAAUUUCCCCGGAGUGCUUGGAGUAUACUGCCAGCCAGCCCUUUUACAGUGUUCAUUGCGUUUCAAUGUUUUUGAAAUUGCAUUUUAACUGUUUGUGUUAGUUGGCAACCCCGUCCGUCUGCGAUCUCUCACUUUUUUUUUUUUUUUUGUUAUGACCGUUUUACAGGAGAGUGAUUUUGUGAGGUCCUGCCAAUUCUUUAAUUGUCCCAUAAAAAAUAAAAAAAACAUCGUUCUUUUCUCAUUCCUUUACAGAAUAAGCACUGGCUCGCACAUCCAACAUAGUUUUACUACCUGGCCAGAGAUAAAAAAAAAAAAGGACCAUAUCUGGAAACUGGACUUGUUCUAAGUCAACAAUCUUUAGAUCUUUCUAAAGAAAAGGUUUCCCGCAGAGAACCAGGCACAGCUUUCCAUUGACAUGCUGACCCGCUGAUGAACUGUGCUCUCUUUUCAAUUCCAAAUGAUGUGCUCUACUCCGGGGACCUGUUUAAUUCGUUCCCCUUGCUCCUUCUUUCUGCUGCUGGCUGCCUUCACUACGCUGUGAAGCAAGCAAUUAAGGAAAGCUUGAAUAUGGUGUGGAUCUGGAACACCUUCUCCAAAAAUACAAAGAGAAACGAUGAAGGAACCCUGAGCAAUGUGUUCACUCUGUUGUCUUACAUUGCUCCUUUGGGUAGUACAGUAAUGUAAAGUGUCACAUUUUAGUUCCGGACCUAUUGCCAUUUGACAGGCAAUUUAGGGAUAAUGCCUAGCAUAGAGCACUCCAUGUAGUUGUUCCCCUUUCCUUUUGAUUUCCUCCUAGUGUCUUUCCCUCUUGCCGAAAACACGUCAAUGGGCCACAUUUAACACCAGUUGAGGACUGGCCAGCCUGCCUCCAGUUGAGGACUGGCCAGCCUGCCUCCAGUUGAGGACUGGCCAGCCUGCCUCCAGCUGAGGACUGGCCAGCCUGCCUCCAGCUGAGGACUGGCCAGCCUGCCUCUGAAUUGUCUGUCCUUUCUCGUAAUGUGUGCAUUUGUUCACUUCCUUUCAUGGAUUUAAAGGAAAUGACUGGUUUCAGAAAUAUGAUGGAAAAACUCUCUCUGUAUACAGUGGACACCAAUCGAACCCACCGCUUUUAAAUGAGCGGGGAGGAGUACACAAUUGCACACUUUAAGGGAUAGGAGGAAUAAUUGUGUUUCAGGGUGGGUCUCUUGAGGUGAAGUUGUCUUAAAGGGGCUUUUGUCCUUUCCAUUAUAAUCAGUGCUGAUGGGGAGGCGUGUUAAUAGCAGGGUUGACUGUAAUUUUCUUCAGGAUUAUUAUUUUUUUAACAACCAUCUCAGUGCAAUAAUUGUCUUUAUGGCAAGAAUCUUUAGGGAUUGAGAAGAUCUACUUUCAAGUUUUAUUGUCACAUGCACAAGUACAGUGAGAUGCUUGACUUGCACGCUCUACCCAACAGUGCAGUAAUCAAUAUCAAAAUAGUAUAACUCAUUUUUUGUAUGUAUGUGUGUGUAUAUACUGAACAAAAAAUAUAAACGCAAUGAUUUUACUGAGUUACAGUUCAUAAGGAAAUCAGUCAAUUGAAAUAAAUUAAUUUGGCUCUAAUCUAUGGAUUUCACAUGACUGGUUAGGGACACAGCCAUGGAUGAGUCUGGGAGGGCAUAGGCCCACCCACUUGGGAACCAGGUCCAGCCAAUCGGAGUGAGUUUUUAUUUUUUCCCACAAAAGUGCUUUGUUGCAGACAGAAAGGACCUGGGCUGGCGUGGUUACACGUGGUCUGUGGUUGUGAGGCCGGUUGGACGUACUGCCAAAUUCACUAAAAUGAAGGAGGCGGCAUAUGGUACUGAAAUUAACAUUAAAUUAUCUGGCAACAGCUCUGGUGGAUAUCCCCGCAGUUAGCAUGCCAAUUGCAAGCUCCCUCAAUUUGAGAAAUCUGUGGCAUUGUGUUGUGACAAAACUGCACCUUUUAGUGGCCUUUUGACCCCAGAACAAGUUGCACUUGUGUAAUGAUAAUGCUGUUUAAUCAGCUUCUUGAUAUGCCACGCCUGUCAGGUGUAUGGAUUAUCUUAGCAAAUGAGAAAUGCUCACUAACAGGAAUGUAGACAAAUUUCUGCACAAAAUUUAAGAUAUAAACUUUUAGUGUGUAUGGAAAGUCUGGGAUCUUUUAUUUCAGCUCAUGAAACAUGGGAACAAUACUUUACAUGUUGCGUUUAUAUUUUUGUUCAGUGUAAUUAAGAAAACACAUGGCCAGGGGUUAGAAGCUGAUGCUGAGUCUGUUUGAGCCUUGAUGCACCAGUAUCAUCUUCUGUCACCGCCUGGCAUGUACUUCCUGGAUGGCUGGGAGCUCACCCGCAAUGAUGAGCUGGAACUGUCCGUACCACCCUCUGUAGGGCCUUCCGGUUGAGGGCGGUGUAGUUGCUAUAUCAGACGGUGAUACAACCAGUCAGGAUGUUCUCGAUGGAGGAACUUGAAGCUCUUGACCCUCUUCACUGCAGCCCCAUUGAUGGGGCCCCUCUUUCCUGAAUUCUAAGAUCAGCUCAUUGGUCUUGCUGACAUUUAGGGAGAGGUUGUCGUGCUGACCUCUUCCCUGUAGGGUUUCCCAAAUGCGGUCCUCGGGACCCCAAGGGGUGCAAGUUUUUUUGUUUUUUUCCCUGAUUUAGUUGAUUAUUUUAAUAAUCAAGUUUUGAUCAUUUCAAUCAGCUGUGUAGUGUUAGGGCAAAAACCAAAACUUGCAACCCUUGGGGUCCUGAGGACCGAGUUUGGGAAGCGCUGCUGUAGGCUGUCUCAUCAUCAUUGGUGAUCAGGCAGACUACCGUUGUGUCGUUAGCAAACUUGAUGAUGGAGUUGGAGACGAGCAAUGAGUACAGGAGGGGGCUAAGCACACACAGUUGGGGGGGGGGGGGGGCUGUGUUGAGGGUCAGCUUGUUGGGUGUGUUGUUGCCUACCCUCACCACCUGAUGUCGGUCUGUCAGGAAGUUCAGGAUCCAGUUGCAUAGGGAGGUGUUCAGUCCCAGGGUCCUGAGCUUGGUGACGAGCUAUAUGCUUACAUGUUACUUUUAGUGAUUGAUUACGUUUUGAGCUUCUGAUCAUCAAUUAUUCAAAAGGCCUUUUAAAAAUACAAUGUUUAUGGUUGUGACGUUUUUAAGUGUUCCUCAAUGAUUUCCACUUGAAAUGAUAUCGUAGUUAGCCAGGACAGUGCAUUUAUUAAAAAGGGAAAUGUAUUUCUGGUACUUUACAACUGAACUUUCAGAUGAAAUAUUUGUGUACCUUUUAGGUAUUAUUGCUGAUUAUUUUGCCGCGAUUGUAAUUGCCAUUUUUUCUGCAGCAAACCAAUCUGAAAAAAUAUUAACCAGACAAGUCCCAAUACAUCUUGUAAUGUUUGAGUAAAUCAACUUCUUUCAUAGCCUAUGUAAUGGCAUUGCAUCAUAUGCCUUUGUAUUCCAGCAAUCAUUAUUUUACAGUAUGACUUUUUAUUUUGCUCUCUCUUUGUAGAAGAUGAGGCAGCUUCUUCUCUGACAUUUAAAAUGUAAUUUCAAUAACACACAUCACAAUUGCAUUGCUCACAUUUGUUCUAAUGCUUAGCAGUUGGAAAUGUAGAUAUUUGUAACAUAAAUAACAACAGUGUAAUGUCUAAGUGUUACUGAUUUAUGUCUGGUGUGUGACAAGAUAAAGUUACUGAAUUUGACAUAUGAUAUGCGGCAUUAGAGUGCUAAGGGCCUAUCAUAGAAAGACAACCAGUUGCAUUAAUAAUUUUUGGGAAAAAUACCAACAGUCUUAGGCUGGUCCUGAGAAUGUGUUGCUGCAAAAUCUAUUUGAAUUGUCUUAUGUAGAUGCGACCAAACAUGCGCACAAAUCAAUGACUAUUUAGCCUGUAAGGUUGAAUAUAAUGUAUGUUACAUUGUCUGAGAUGCUAGACCAGGCAUAGAUCUACACAUGUAUAGUAACUCCACCACUACUUUGUCAUAUUUAGCUUUCAUACUUGUCAUAAUGACUGUAAACGAUAACAAAAAAAGAGUCUGAAACAUGUUAGCAUUGUUUGUUGAAUGUCUAAAAGGGAAUUGUCAAGCAGUUUACUAAUAAAUAAAAAAAUAUUGAAGGAA